AUGGAUCUGGGGCUCGACAAUGUUCAUGUUUUAGUCACAGGAGCCAGCGGAGGAAUCGGUCUCGCGACUGUCCGCACGUUCUUGAAGCUCGGCGCCCGCGUGACGGCGCACUACCACUCCAAACGCGCCCCGCUCGAGCCCCUCCUCGCCGAGUUCGGCGGCGAGCGCGUGCGCGCCGCGCAGGCGAACCUUGCGCUCGAAGCCGACGCCGGCCGGCUCUUCGCGGACGCUCCAUCGGCGUUCGGGCCUGUGCAGGUCGUCGUCGUGAACCACGCGGUGUAUGAGGCGCGGAACGUUCCGCUCGCGGAAAUGCCACUCGCACAGUGGGAGAGCACGGCGCGUCGGAGGCGCGCGCGAGCGGGCGGCGGUCGUGCUCAUCGGGAGCACGGCGGGAAAUAUGGGGAAGCCGGCCAUGCGGAUUAUGCGGCGACCAAGAGCGCGAUGAUGUAUGGCCUGUGCCUUAGCCUGAAGAAUGAGAUCGUCAAGAUCGCCCCGAAAGGACGCGUGAACGUCGUGGCCCCAGGGUGGGUCAGGACGCCGAUGGCGGAGGAGUCGCUCAAAAACCCGGAUAUAGUGUAUCAGGCACUCGCGACGAUGCCGUUGAAGAAGGUGGCGGAACCAGAGGACGUGGCCAACCAGAUCGCCAUUCUGUCCUCUUCCACUGUCUCCGGACAUGUGUCCGGGACUGUAGUCAUGGUCGAGGGUGGCAUGGAAGGUCGCUUGCUGAACAGUCGACAAGAGCUGGGUUUGUGA